GCCUUGAGACUUUGAAUUAUGGAGUCUUUCCUCGUCCGCCGUGUAAAGUGAAAUGGAUACAUGCUGAAAUAAAAACAUUUAAUUGCUGGGAUGUGUCGGCUCGGAUUCGUGCUUCACAACAGGUUGUUUUUGUUUACCAUUUACAGCCAAGGUCAUGUUACCAUCUAGCUCAUGAGACGAGACGAGUUUGUUGUUUUCUUCCUGUGUUGGCUGUGUAUGGUAUCAGUUGGUCAGUUACUAUCCAAAGGCCGAUGAAGGUUCUGUAUCAAAAUGUCUAAAGACGCGAGUGGUUUUUGGCGGACUCAGCUGACGACUUUUGCAGUUUUAUUUGCUGGAUAUGCAUCGUAUACUUAUAAUCGGAAAAGCGUCUCUUUUGCAUUGCCAAAUUUGAUGAAAAAUGGCCUUUUGGACAAAAGUGCUGCUGGAACAAUAUCAAGCAGCCAAAAUACAGCAUAUGCGAUAAGCAAAUUUUUAGGAGGAGUCUUGUCUGAUAGAAUCAGUGCCAAAUGGUUAUUCUUUUCAGGUUUGGUUCUCAGUGGAGGAGCAACAAUUUUAUUCUCAACAACUUCAUCAUUAACUUUGUUUGCUGCUCUGUGGUUUUUAAAUGGAUUUGCUCAAGGAGCAGGUUGGCCAGCUUGUGCAAAGCUGCUCAAAAAAUGGUUUAGUCCUGAACAAUUUGGAACAUUUUGGAGUGCACUUUCUGCUUCUUCCAAUGUUUCAGGAUCUCUUUGCCCUUUCUUGGCAACUUGGGUAAUCGAACAUUUUGACUGGCGAGCUAGUCUAGUUGUUUCCGGUGGAGUUACCAUAACCAGCGCAGUUUGUGUUGCUAUGCUGUUGACUGAUAGUCCAAUCGAUGCGGGUUUCAACAAAAACUUUACGCCAGAAGCAUCGAAGAAAAAAACAGAUGGAAAAAGCACUGCUGCCCAGUCAACGUGGAGAGAUCUCAUUAAAUCCCCUUUCUUGUGGGUCGUCUCGGUUGUUUAUUUGGUCGUUUUUGCUGCCAAAACGAGUGUGACUGAAUGGGGGCAAAUGUACUUGAUUGAAGACUUGGGCCAUUCAGCUUUCACUGGUAGCGGUUUCAUCAGUGCAGUGGAGACGGGAGGAUUUUUCGGUGGAAUCGCCGCUGGAUAUGUUACUGAUUGGCUCAUGAAAAAAUCAGGAAAAAAGACAGCCGGUAAUCCACGCAUGUUUGCAGCCAUAUGGUUCAUGGCUGGCGUUGCAGGAUUUUUAUUUCUUCUUACUACUUUUGUAACGACGUCUACUUCUCAAUUUUUCCUUACUGUGAUUGGAUUUGGUCUAGGAGCGUGUCUGUACGCUUGCAUCGCCAUUUUUGGCAUAGUCGCUUCCGAGUCUUAUCCUUCUCAUUUGAGCGGAACAGCACAUGCCGUUGUCGCUCUGGCUGCCAACGUGGGAGCAAUAUUGUCUGGAUUACCUUGCAGUUACGUGGCUCAAUUGUACAACUGGCGCGCAAUAUUUAUAAUUCUAGAAAUUUUGGCAGCGGCCGCUGCCCUAUUUUUAGCCGUUUUUGGCAAAGUGUCCCCAGGAUUGCCUGGAGAUAAACCCAAAUCCCAGUGAAACUAACCAAAAUAAAAUACAGUAGUUAUUGUUUA